AUUCCGGACAGUCCAUCAUGUGCGGUCUGGCGGGAAUGCUGCGGCUCCCGCUGCUGCUGCUGGCGGCAGCUUCCAGCGCUUGGGGCCUCUUCACCGUGGAGAGCAAUGGCCUGGGCCUGGCCCUGAUGGAGUCUGUGGCGGGUGCCUUGAGUGCCGCCAGCCUGGCGCUGGCCAACGACACGGCCUGGCCGCCACAGCAUCAGCCGCCCGUGGAGCAGGAGGAGAUCGAGUCGUACGACUACAUCGUGGUGGGUGCGGGCAGUGCCGGGUCCAUUGUGGCCAGUCGGCUGAGUGAGUCGUCGCCGCAUGUGCGGGUGCUGCUGCUGGAGGCGGGAGAGCUGCCGCCGCUGGAGUCGGAGAUCUUCUCGCUGAGUCCCGCGCUGCACCACGACGCGCGGUACAUGUACCUGGACAGGGCCCAGCCCAGUCCCAGCUGCUGUCUGGCCAUGGAGCCGCCGCAGGGCUGCUCCUGGUGGCAUGGCCGCAUGAUGGGCGGCACCGGGGCCCUCAACGGCAACAUCUUUGUGCCCGGCAGCCAGGCCAACUUCAAUGGCUGGCGCCGGCGGCUGAAUCUGCGCGGCUGGGACUGGCCCCAGGUGCAGUUGGCCUACCGCCAGCUGCAGCGGCGCCUGCAGCUCAGCUACUUCCAGGUGGAGCCCCUCAACCUGCGGCUCUCCAGCCUGAUUUACGCGGCUGCCGCCGAGCUGGGAGUGCCGCGCAUGAAGCAGCCGCUGCUGGCCGGCUCCAGCUUCGGCUACACCCACCACGUGCCAGUGACCCUCAACGCGGGAAGGCGGGCCAGCAGCGGGCGCCUGUACCUGGCCACCCCGCAGUCCAGUCGGAGACCCAAUCUGCAAGUGAUCCGAGGCGCCACCGUGCGGCGAGUGCUGCUGGACGAGGCUGGCCGUCGGGCCAAGGGCGUUGUCUACUCCCUGGAUGGCGGAGAGCGCACCGCCAAGUCGCUCCGUGAGGUGGUCGUGAGCGGCGGAGCCAUCAACUCUGCCAAGCUGCUGCUGCUCUCUGGGAUUGGAGCUGCAGCACAGCUGCGUCCUUUGGGCAUCACACCGCUGAGGGAGCUGCCCGUGGGCCGGAACCUUCACGAUCAUGGGAUGCUGCCGCUCUACCUCCGCUUCACCCGCAACUGCGCCGUGAACAGCACUCGGGAGGCGGCAGCCAGCGCCUACUCCCCUGCCGCCGUCGCCGAGUAUCUGCUGAAUGAGCAGCGGGGACCGCUGGCCAACAGCUUCUCCAUGAUGGGCUUCAUCAACUCAAGUGCGCCCGGGUCCAGCCAGGGCGAGCCCGAUCUCCAGCUGGUGGCUCACACGCUGAUGGCGCGCGGCGGAGCGGGCAGCUUCGGGUACCUGGGAUUCCGGCCAGAGCUGGUGGCGGCCCAGCGUCAGGCGCUCCUCGAGUCGGACCUGCUGCAGAUCAUGGGCUCCCUGCUGCGGCCGCUUUCCCGCAGCGUGAUCCGGCUGCGCAGUGCGGAUCCCUCGAGCGCGCCGCUCAUCGAGAGCCACUACGCGGAGGAGCCCGAGGAUCGGGCCACCCUGCUCCGCUACGUGCGCUACGUCCAGCGGCUGGCACAGACCAAAUCCUUCCGCCGCUGCGGCCUUCAGCUCUGGCUGCCCCCGUUGCCCGCGUGCGACCAGCUGGCCGAGGACUCGGACGAGUUCUGGCUGUGCUACAUUCGACACUUUUAUGUGGGCUCCUGGCAUUCGGUUGGCUCCUGCCGCAUGGCCGCUGCUGGCGAUCCCCGCGGCGUCGUCGAUGAGCGGCUGCGGGUGCACGGGGUGCGCGGACUGCGAGUGGUGGACGCCAGCAUCAUGCCGGAGAUAACCGCGGGCCACACAAGCGGUCCGGCCAUGAUGAUCGGAGAGCGCGGCGCUCGCAUGAUCAUCGAGGAUCAGCAGGCCAACGAGGUGGUGGUUGGUAUUUAGGCAGUUCUACGAUCCAUU